CGAAGUCUUCUGGUUUUAUCUGUUUAAGCCCGUGUAGUAUUUUUAUUCUAUGGUUAUCAGUUGACGUUUGUUACGAAUGCGGAAUAACGGUUAUGUUAUAUAUUACAUAUGUGUACAGUGUAAACAGUAAACACUAUACAUUGAAUUUAGAGGUCUUAAUAAAUGAUAUCUUUCUGUGUAAACAUAUGAUAUUAUAAAAGUUUAUUUGUAUUUUGUGACUUUUGUUAUGUUACCGCCUUAGCUUACAAUUGAUUUAAAAUUACCUUUGUGAAUCAAUACCUAAAGAGUAAUAGGGAAGCCUACUCGGCAGUUGAGAUUAAAAUGUGUAAAUUAGAAUCUUUGCUUAUCCUUUUUCUUUUAUUUGGUAAAGCAUCUCUUUUGAAUAAUGGAGUGGCGCGUAAGCCCCCCAUGGGGUGGAUGUCUUGGGGGUACUACCUGUGUAGUGUUGACUGCGAAAAAUAUCCACGAAAAUGUCUAAAUGAAAAACUACUUCUCUCUGUAGCAGAUAUGUUCUACAACAGAGGUUAUCAGGAGGCUGGCUAUGAAUACAUUGUCAUAGAUGACUGUUGGUCUGAGAAGCGAAGGAGUGUCAAUGGAAGAUUAGUCCCCGAUAGAAAAAGAUUCCCUAAAGGAAUGGAGGCUAUUGCUGAAUAUAUUCAUGCAAGAGGUCUUAAAUUUGGUAUCUAUACAAACAUAGCAGAUAUAACAUGCAUGCAUUAUCCUGGUAGUAAGGGACAUUUCAUUGAGGACGCAAAGAUGUUUGCGGAAUGGGGUGUGGACUAUAUUAAGGUAGACGGAUUUUUUGUUGGAGAAGCCUAUUUGAAUACAGCAUACAUAAGGUUUGGUCAGCAUUUGAAUAAUACAGGCCGUCCAAUGGUAUAUUCUUGUAGUUGGCCUUAUUAUAUCGAAUUUAUACAUAAGAAAACUCCAGAUUACGCAACAAUAUCUCACCACUGCAACAUGUGGCGGAACUAUCACGAUGUGGUGACAUCAUGGGAUUCUAUCAAAGACAUUAUAAGGCAUUACCAGUCUUCCUACAAUCAAUUAAGUCCUUACCACGGACCAGGACAUUGGAAUGAUAUGGACAUGUUAAUAUUUGGUACAGACUCCCUAACAGAGAGUCAAAGUCGUGUCCAUAUAGCAGUAUACGCAAUGAUGUCUUCGCCACUUCUACUAAGCUGUGAUAUGGAGAAAAUAACUGAGUACGAAAGGGAAUUAUUAUUGAAUUUGGAAUUGUUGGCUAUUGCUCAGGAUCCUUUGGGCAUUAUGGCGACGCCCUUUGAGUUAAAUAAUUCAAUAACACUCUGGAUGAAGCCUCAUUUACCGCGAAAGGGUAAUCGGUAUCAUUCCGUCUCUUUCGCACUAGUCAAUUUGGAGGAUAAAUCGUCUUCUGUCUCUUUCAUACCGGGGUUGUAUGGACUUAAUUCGACGGAAGAAUAUACAGUUAUGGAUGUAUUCACGAAAAAAUUUAUAAUAAAUGUGACGUUAAAUGACUCAAUCUCCGUUACCGUGCCAUCAGAAGAUGUCAUCCUAUAUACGCUAUUUCCUUUAUAAUUGACUACCAAUAUAACCUGAUAAAUUAUAUAAAAC